AUGUUUCUACCUGUUUGUCCUGUCUCCGGACACGGUCUGCCCGUCAUCGUCCUAUCACUUAUAUCGUUGGCAUUGUUCCUCAACAGCUCUAGUGCUGCUAGAGGAGAAAGAGUGAAAGCAAACAACGGUGUCGUGGCCACUGAUGAAACAGAAUGCUCUAAGAUUGGAAGAGAUAUGCUUCGUCAAGGAGGGCACGCUGUCGAUGCAGCGGUUGCCAGUACUCUUUGCAUUGGCGUUUUAAGGCCGGCCGACAGCGGUCUUGGUGGAGGAGGAUUCAUACUCGUCCGGUCGCAUAAAGGAGAGGCAAAAGUCUUUGACAUGAGAGAAAUGGCACCCGGACAAGCAUCCAAGGACAUGUUCUCCAAAAUGAAUGGAACUGAGUGGAAACAUAGUCCUCUGUCCAUAGCUGUUCCAGGACAGCUUGCAGGUCUCUACGCAGCCCACCAGCAAUACGGAAAACUCUCGUGGAGAUCGCUCGUAAAGCCAGCUGAGAAUCUUGCCCGUAAGGGCUUCAAAGUAUCGCGUUCCCUUUUUCAGAAAAUGGCCGAUGCAAGGUCAAUGAUCAUGGCUGAUAAGGAGAUCCAAAGCAUAUUCGCUCCAAACGGAACGCUACUAAUCGAGGGCCAGACCCUUCGUCUAAAAAAACUAGCGGAUACACUGGCAGCUAUAGCCAAAGACGGCAUGAGCAUCUUUUAUAACGGAUCGAUAGCUCAAGGAUUGGCGGACGACAUUACAAGAGUAGGUGGAAUAGUCACAAAGGAAGACUUGCAGAAAUAUCGUGUUAUCGUGAGGAAGCCUUUGGUUGCUUAUGUAUUGGGAUGUAAAAUGGUUACCGUUCCGCCUCCCGCCUCAGGAGGGGCGGUAGUGAUACUCAUUCUGAAGAUUCUUUCUAUUUACAAUAUGACGGGUGUUCCGACAGCCCUGCUAGUGCAUCGAACAGUUGAAGCGCUCAAGUACGCACUAGCUUUAAGGAUGAACCUCGGAGAUCCGGGAUUCGUUGAUGUUAGCACUACCUUAAAAUCUAUGAUAUCAGACAACACUGCUGAAAAUUUGAGGAAACUCAUAGAUGACAACAAGACAUUUGACCCUCCUCACUAUGGCAGCAAGUGGAGUCAGCUAAAUGAUCACGGCACAAGCCACAUCUGCAUUGUCGACCGUCAACGUAACGUUGUCACGAUGACGACAAGCAUAAACACUCAUUUCGGAUCAAGAUUUAUGUCGCCAAGUACCGGGAUAUUCCUGAACAAUCAGAUGCAUGAUUUCUCCAUUCCCACCUCAAAAGUUAGACCCGGUGCCCCUUCAAAUUAUGUUGGUCCAUUCAAAAGACCUCUGUCGUCUAUGGCGCCGGCCAUUCUUGAGAAGGGAGGACGGGUUAGGGCCGUCGUAGGCUCAGCAGGAGGACUGUUAAUACCCGACGCAGUUUCUCAAGUCCUGAUAAAUUUCUUCGUCCUGAAAAAACCAUCAUACAAUGCCGUCAAAGCUCCAAGAUUUUACCACAGGCUCUAUCCCAAUGUGCUUUUGCAUGAGAACUACUCAUCAAGUGUUGGUGAUCGGUAUGCAUUUUCUGUUCGGACACUGAAUGAACUGAAAAGGAAGGGACAUCAGUUGAAGAGGGCUGCUUCUGUUAUGACUGUAUGUCAGUUUGUGGUUCAAGUUUUGAAGGGUAAAAAUUCUGGGCAGCUUAUUGCUGUUAGUGAUCCAAGAAAAGGUGGUUUUCCAGCAGGGUAUUGA